AUGUUCGAGUGGCAUGCAGCAGACCGCUACCGACUGCGGUUGCACCGCGCACGCUCCGCAGUCCUGACUCCCGAUGAAAUAGUCGAAGUUCGCGCGGCACAACGUACAUUCGAGGGCGCAUACGUUCGGACAGCCCUCUCACAGUUCUCGUUCGCGCUCAUCGUCUUGAAGGUCUUCACCGCAGAGUUCUACGGCAUCGGUGCGUUAUUCGCUGUCUACGGGACCGGUGUCUUGCUCAUCAGCUUGUUCCGCCGCCAACAAGGCAAUCGCCAGUUCUUCUCUGAGAUCGGGGAAGAUGGGCUGCACCGCCGCAGAUUCCGGACCAGUGGUAACGCAGUGGUGACGUUGACUGCGCUCAGUGUUGCUGCGUACGCUUGUCUGAUUGGACUUACUCUCAAUCUGGCCGGAUAG